AUGGGUGUCAUCCGUUUUCCUCGCCCUGCGGGCAUCUACGUCCCUAGCUCUCCUGUUCGCCUCACCAACGAUAUGAUCUCCCCUCCUCUUUCCGCCGACUUCAACUUUGAUGCCGAAACCGUUACUCUCUCCACAUUGCCUGCUCUUGAGUAUAUUUCCCAGAAACUUCAACAACGAAUGAUGCAUGUCACUCUCCUUGUCGGCCGCGGAAAGCCCUACCCCACUGGCGAACCCUCCGACUUGAUGAUUAUUCCCAUUACAUCCCUCGAUGCACCAGCGUGGCGCAUCCUCGAGCGGGCUAUCUCCAAGGCCGCAAAGAAAUUCUCAUUGGGCCAAAGCUGGUCCGACGCAUUGAACCGUAGCCAGUACGAACGCCAUGCGAACGAGUACCUGGUGCAGCAAUCAAUCCUCCAAAACGAAGUCGUCUUUAGCCAAGAGGGUCUUACUCUGCUCAACAUGGAUCGCAUCUACACAUUCAAACGCCGUUUGUGUAUCCUCUCCAACCGUCCAUUCUCUCGCUCAGAUGACCAGUCUAUGGCUUCCUGUGUGAAACUCCUGCACCGCCUGAUCGCCGACUUCCAAGGCCGCCCAUUCAGCAAAGCUUUCUUUCACCGCGUCUACGAGCAGCUUGAUGUGAGGGAUGAUCUGCUCACCGCCAUUGCGGUUGCUUACAAGAGCACGCACAAGCUAGAUGCGAUCAUCUUGCCUCAGCAACCUAAGGCUGAGCAAGUGCAGCUAGUGGUUGAGAAGCCGAUGAUGCAGAAGCCCAUUGUUCAAGAAAUUUCUGUUCAAAAAUCCAUAACCCAGAAGGCCGUGGCCCAGAAGCCGGCGACGAAGGCUGUACGUGCUAAACGCCCAGCACAGCCUGCUAGAUGCAGUAUCCAGAGGAUCGGCGCUCCAGCAAAGAGAGGGCCGAAGACGCCCCUGUCGGCGUCAGAUGUGACUCCAAUCACCAGAAACGAGUGGAAUUUCCUCGUCAGCCAGGAUAUUCGCUUACAGCCGACUGUGACCAAGUGGACUCCAUCUCCUACUGUCUAUGCUGUCGCGUGA